AUGGCUACCGAGUUCAUCGUAUUAGACCACACACGGAUCCCAGGCUUCCCUGACGCGCCUAUCCAUCUCGACAGAGCGCCCAUCCAGAUAAUCGACGAUGAUGAUUUCACCGAAGAAACAGACACCAGCAACUUGACCAUCGCUGUUGGAAUCACCACUGUGUUAUUUCGCUGGUCACCGGAUGCUUUGUACGCGUUUCUCGAUAUCGAUGCCUGGUUUUCCUUCACCUGGACGGUCACCAUCGAAGAUGAGAUGAAGAUCGAAAUCGGCCGCGUGGAGAACCAAAUCACCAUCGGCACCUUGGAUAAAGGCGGCAAUAAAUGGACAUUGAUGCUCACCUACAAUAUUGAGGAGGAUGGACCAAACAGAGGUGCUUGGGUUCCUAACCCUCGUGAAAGCAUGCUUGGCGACGACGACCUCACUGAUCCCGCACAAAUCGACACUCUGGGAAGAGAAUUUGUCAGAGAUCUGUGUUUGAAGGAACGUUGGUUCACGGGCAAGAAGAUCAAGCAUCAAUUGUACGUCGAGUACGCACCUAUGGAUAUCUGGGGCGACGGCAUAGCAAUAAACCCACACUGGCUCUACGACUCGUUGAAUCUAUCUGCAUGCACGACAUGUGAUGAGAGCAACAGACCUCUGAAACGAUGUGGUAGAUGUGGUACCGCUGCCUACUGCUCCCCUAUGCAUCAAAAACUUGAUUGGCCUGUUCACAAGAGCAUUUGCACUAUGGAUUUGGAGCAGAGAGGGCAGAUCUUGAGGAUCACUCAGCAUGGUGGUUUGAUUGGAUGGGAUUUAUCAAAAACAGUUGGUGAUCAUGAGACUAAGAUGUCGAAGAACCCCAACUUCGUCACGCCCCAAUCAUUGAGACAGGUCGACACUGAUCAUGAAGACCACGUACACACUGUUCGUGUGUAG